AUGCAGAACCUGAUCUUCUUCUUGAUGGCCAUCAUUGCCAACAUGGCAAUGGCUGUCAUGGGCUCGCCUCUUGCGACCAGGGGCGACGCGCCCCCUCCCCUGACUCGGGAUACCAUAGGUGGUCUCCUCUGGUGCACCAACCAGGCGGACAAGUUCUGUACUGUUGGACUCCAUGACAACUUCGACACUCAUGAGAUCGAUGUCUACAUCUUUGACAAGAACUGCAACGUCUACGCCAGCACCAACGAAGUCCUCACUGAAUCGAAGUACACCAUCAGCUGGAAGGACGGCUCUGGCAACCCGCACUCGGGAGACGUGCUUAUUCACGAUGUUAUUGGAGGAACCGACGAGUUCUGUAAGCAUCACUUUUCACCUUUUACGGCAUCUUUCAUGUUUUGGAAUAUUCUAGAAUACAACACUUUAGGACCCGUGGCAGGACUAACUUCACCACUAGGGUUCGGCAGCGAUCACUACCAGGAGGGUUGGACUUUCGAGAGCCCGCUGCCGGUCUACUACGAAUACCGUGCGUUCAAGUGCGAGGACUGA